GACAAACUGCCCCGAGGAACUACGCAAUUUUACUUAAGUAUUCAUUCACUUGAAACUGAUCAUACAUAUUUUGCUGAGACUCGAUUAAGUAGCAGCGAAAAUGUCUGGAUCUUUUCUUUGUUUGACAGUUCUGCUUGGUGUCAUCGCAUUAUGCCAAGUUGAAGGUGGACCUGAUUCUCGAUGCAAAGAUUACAACGGAUUGUCUAAAGCAAAUGGCAAACGGUGUGGAAGGCCCUGUGCAUCGAAUGGUGAUUGCGAAAAGGGACAGAUUUGUUGUCCUGCGGGCGCGUGCGGAUUGUUAUGUAGACCUUUACCGGUGGUGGAUAAAAACUGCCCACCUGUUAAAGGAAAAAGAAAACGUCGAUCAGCUGGAACGUACAAAUGCUUUUCAAAUGCAGACUGUGGCGACGGAAUAUGCUGCUAUGGACCAGUAUUACCCAGUACCUAUUGUUUUCAAUACUAAAUUUACACAUUGAAUUCGGUUUCUAAGCUUUACUCGGCUGCAAAUAAAUGAUUUACUAUGGUGUGUACAAUUCAA